ACAAAGACUGAAAGAGUAUAAAAAACAAAGAGAACUUAAGACCGAGAGCCAGAGCCAAGAGGAACCCAAAACACAAUUGCAAUUCAGUUCAGAAAACCUUUAUGUUUCAGAAAUGGUUCUAGAAAGUACUGAUAAAAGCUUCACAGAAACACAAAAAAUACUCCAACCAGUAACAAAGACAACUAUGGCAGAGACAAUCCAGACAGAAGAAUUCAAUCCUACAGAAGCAACAGCAGAAACAAAUGAGAUAGAAACAACUGAAAACAAACUAGAAGCCACAAAUAUAUCUACAAAUGAGAAUUUAGCAACAGAUAUAGAAACAGAUUUCAUAUCUCACAAGGAAAUGAACAACAACGACGAAAAAGAAUUCACUCUAGUUAUUUCAAGAAAAGGAAAAUAUAAAAACAAGACCAAGAAAGAAGGCUACUCUCCAUUUACUAGAGUCAACAAAGCAGACAAGGAGAACAACUCUCAAAGG